AUGAAAACGAUCGUGUGCUUAUUUGCGUUGAUCGCAGUCAUUGCUGCGAAUAUUGUUCCAAUGCAGCAGCAGCUGGCUCCUACGUUCAUUCGAAAGACGAGAGCUGCUGAAAAUCCACAGGAAAAUGCACCAACGCAGAUGGCGGAGGCCAAUUCAGAGGAUAUGGAUGGAGCGGAGACUUUCGGAUUCGGAUAUCAUAAACAUAUACACAUUGUGCCGUCAUACGGUGGCUUCUACGGAGGUGGAUAUCCUUAUUAUGGCGGAUAUGGCUACAGUGGAUAUGGCGGUUAUGGUGGAUACUCGUAUGUUUAUGGUUAUCCUUACUAUUAUUAA